AUGAGCGACAAUCCUACUGAUCCAAAAUGUUCUUCCAAAAAUAUUUAUAUCGAUACCUCAUCGCGUUUCUCCGAUCGAAGUCGCAGCGCGAAGUGUAGCCCAGGAUUACGAAGACGUAGGAAUGGAGCAAACCACUGCUCUCCCAAAGGUCGACUCAGGCUUAUUCAAUUCCUUCAAGAAAUUGAUCUAGACAAGGCAUUACACAGUCUUUCUGAUGAAUGUACUCUUGAGGAUCUCAUUUCCGCUCCUAUCGAAACUGUUGAGUCUACCUUCUCCGAGUCACUUACUGGUGAGGAGUUUUCUCGACUUUGGACUAAUUUACAAACUUGUCGUAGUGAACGCCAAUUAUCUGAGAAUCGAGAUCGGCGGGAACUGAGUGAUAGUGGUGAUGAACGUGCUAAAAAGUGUUCAAGUAAUAUCCUUCAACCACGAACUACGGACUAUAGUGGCGGUGGUGGGUGCAGCAGCAACAGUAGCAGUUUUAACCCCCGUUUAGAACUCCAAUGUCUAGCUGAGUUCCAGGAACGUACUCGCUAUCGAUUAAUAGCCAAUCGUAGGGGUAGCUUGAAUGUCACUUCCUCCUCUUUUGAUGAACCUGAUGGUCCUGACUUCUUUCAUCCAGGACUUUCUUCACGCCGAUCUUCAUUUCGUUGUUUCUCUUCAUUUAACCGGAGUCUGAGUUCGAGCUUUUGUGGUAGUCCAUUCAGCCGUGGCGGAAUAGAUGACAGUGAACAUAAAACGGGAGAUGAAAAGGAAGACUCUAGUGGCCAUCCUUGUCACUCUCCAUCAUCGAUCAAAAUUGAAAGUGGAGCUCCUGUUUCUCAGGAAUCGACUACAGCAGUCGCACUUCAGCGCACAGCAUCCCUCGGUGUAGCAGAUUCCUUUCGUUUCUCUAGAUUCCGACCCGCAUCUCUCUCCGUAAAUGUUCCCUCCACGACUCACUUCCUCUCAUCUCUAGAAGCAUCACAACUUCCCGGUGGUUCGUCCCCUGCUCCCGCCUUAGCUUCAGGAGCAAGUGGAUCCCUCUUCUCCAUCUCCCCGCAAUUCUGUCUAAAUGACAAACGUGGUAGACGAAGAUCUGGGGAAAGGCCAGCUCCGAGUAAUCAAACGGGAGCCAUCGGCAAUGCUUGGGAUGACGCGGCGUCAUCAAUUUCCUAUCGGUCAUCCCUCCUUAUGCCUCCUUCAUUUCACGCUCAAAUGAGCAAUCCUCCCUCUAUAGCCAGUCCAGCUAUCGGUGUUUAUCCGUCAAUUCCAAGUGCGUCCUAUUUUACUUCUAUCUUCCUUUCCUACUACAACUUCUUACUUCUUCCUCCUCACUGUAUAGGCCAUCCGACUGGGAGCAAUCUUGUGAGAAUGCGGCGAGCUUAUAUGGGUCAAUCUGCACCUAACCUCUUUUCUAGUUUUCGCGAUAGUAGUCUCCACAAGGAUGGUAGCUUCACUGAUGUCAAUAUUACUAUGUCCAGUUUUAAUCGCACUCUCCCUGCUGUUAGCAUGGGUCUCUCUCCCAUCAACUCCAAAUCUUCUUCAAUGCAGCGCCUUAAAAUCAUAUGUGGAGGAGCAUCUGAACGUUGUCGUUCACGGUAUCUAAGUGGUGGGGGUGAUGACUCAUCCUCAAUUUCUGCACCUCCUCCUACUAAUUCUCCUGCUCAUAUCCCGAUGGAAGUGAGUCCUGUACGGCCUGCAGCCCCUGUCGUGUCCUCGUCAAUUUCUCGGGCGCUUAGCACUGGAAUGUCAGAUCUGUCUUCGGGGGGUCCCGCUUGUCCUAGUCCACGCUUGACAACCCGUUUACCUCCUCCUGAAGCUUCCUCACUCUCACCUGUUAUGGGAGAACUCCGAAUGAAUUCGUGUGUCUCCGUUGCCGAUGGUUUCCCGAUCGUUACACAAACUUCCCCCUCCGCUUCUGCAACGCCCCAAACUACAGUUACUACUGCCCCCGCCUUCACCACAAUCAAAGCCGACCGUUCCUCUCAUUCAAGUCGAAAUUAUGGCGCUCAGUGUGCAGUCUGUUAUCAAUGUGGAAGCCCAUUGACACCAACGGAGGCAACAGGUUCAACUGGUCUUCCCUUACGAAAUCCCCCACAUAACUUACCUGCUCAUCUUCGCUUGGAAUCAUUACAAACAUCUGAAAAUCGCCGUUGGUCACUGGCAUCUCUCCCAUCUUCCGGUUAUGGCACCAAUACAGCUGGUUCGAGCAAUGUUUCUAGCCAUUACUCUUCUAAAGAGAAUAUCGAAAACACAGGUUAUCGUCUUCCUCCCGGUGGCGGCGGUAAUACCAACAGUCACCAUGAUGGUAGUGGUUCCAACCCUGGAGGAUUUCUCGGCGCCAAUCUUGUUCACACGACCUCAGGGGAGUCAGUAGGUGCUUCCUCUACUAUCACUCAAACAGGUCGGGAUUCCCCUACCCCUCGAAUUACUCCUGUUCAUCCUCCUGCUUCUUCUAAGCCCAUACUCCCAGUGAGUUCAAAUCCCCCUCGACCCGUAGCCCCUAGUCGCCUCAUCGAACAGGUCUCCGAAGACUUGUCCGUCUCGGUCACUAGUACACCCAUUAAGAAAACAAAUCAACCACCUCUUGUUCCACCGAAUGUAACCGCAUCAUCUUCGGUGUUGUGCGCCAAGUGUCAAGCAGCGAUGGUAAAGACAAAAGGGAAAGUGCCUUCGCAACAGCAUCAGCAGAUUCUACUUCCUCCAGAGGGACCAUCUUCUUCGCUGUCCUCGGAAGCCGCAUCUCCAGCUGCGCCGUCGUCUAUUUCGGGCAGAGCGAGUACUGCUAGAGCCACUACUGGAGCUUCGCCCUGUUCCACCCAUAGUGGCUCUCCUGCAUACAGGCCGAGAGCUAAGAGCCUGAGCCCUGUGCGGUCACCGACAAAUAAUGAAAAUGAAGUUGUUAUUCUCAAUCAUCUCUAUCGCCAACGUUUUCCCAAGGCUGCGGCCCAAAUGCAAGAAAAUCUUCAUCGUCUUUGCUCAGACAUGGAACAGGAGGACACCUUUUCAUGGACAGCCGUUGCUCGCUUCAUGCAUAAACAAGUGCUAGAGUUGGCCCGUGAUUGUCUAGAUAAAGCACUGGCCGGUCUAAUUACCUGUCGAUACUUUUUUGAGCUCACUGAAAAGUUGGAAAAACUCGUAUCUGAUACGCGCAAUAAGAGCCCAGAAUCCCUGGCCUGCGUGAACAACAUGUGCAAUCGCCUCCUGCUAAACAUUGCUCGACCAGCUCGUCUACUUGAAUGUCUUGAGUUUGACCCCUUUGAGUUCUAUCAGAUGCUCGAAGUGGCUGAGAAUCAGGUUCGAGCCCAGAAUGACUCCCUGAAGAUCUUUUGUCCGGACGUUCCACGCUACAUCAUCUCAAAAUUGGGUCUGAGCAAGCCCGCUGAUGCUGAACCGGAAGGUCUCAGUUUGAGUUCGCGAAGUCUGACUGGAAGUGGAGAGCAAUUCGAUAGAAAUCUCUCCAAUCCUCCUACUCCAUUGAACAUGGAUGUAUUUUCGCCCUCGACACCCCUUCAACCAAUGUUAGUUCCGUCGACAGGAGAGCUACAGAGUCCAAACAUCACUCCUCCGCCUCCUCCCUCUAGUUCUGUUUCUGAGAAAUCGAGUUCCUCGAGAAGACCUUGUGAAGCUGAUUUUGAUAUCAUCAAACUCAUAUCGAAUGGAGCUUAUGGUGCUGUUUUCCUUGUUCGCGAUCGCUUAACUCUUCAACGCUACGCCAUGAAGAAGAUGCCAAAACAGCAUCUGCGUCUCCGUAACCAAGUCGAACAAGUCUUUGCCGAACGGGAUAUUCUCUCUUUUGCGGAUAAUCCUUUUGUGGUCAGCCUCUACUGCUCCUUUGAGACAAAGAAGUCUCUUUGCAUGGUGAUGGAAUUUGUUGAGGGAGGUGAUGUAGCGACACUACUCAAGAACAUUGGUGGACCUUUACCUCUAGACUUAGUCCGCAUGUAUUUCGCUGAGCUAGUGUUAGCCUUGGAAUAUCUCCACAGUUAUGGAAUUGUUCAUCGAGACCUAAAACCUGAGAAGUAA